AUGAAGAUCGCCUAUCUCUCCAUUGGGCUUCUGUCCCUUCUGACGCCGCUUGCGGCUGCUUGGAGUAAAGAAGACCGUGAGAUCUUCCGAAUCCGCGAUGAGAUCUCUGCCCACGAGGCUGAUCCCGCCGCAACCUUUUACGAUAUUCUUGGCGUCCCUCACAGUGCGUCGUUCGAGGACAUCAACAAGGCCCAUCGAAAGAAGACAGUUGCUCUGCACCCCGACAAGGUCGCACAGCGAUUGAGGGCAGAGCGCGUGAAGCAAGCUGGUGGAAAGGGAAAGAAGAGCUCUGUCAAGCCUCCCACCUCUGCGGAGAUUAAAGCUGCUGUCAAGCUUGCAUCCGAGCGCCAGACCCGACUCAGUCUGAUCGCCAACAUCCUGAAAGGCCCCUCGAGAGACCGCUACGACCAUUUCCUUGCCAAUGGGUUCCCCCUGUGGAAAGGCACCGACUACUACUACAACCGGUACCGCCCUGGACUGGGGACCGUUAUGGUUGGCCUGUUCAUUGUCGGUGGAGGUGCUAUUCACUACCUGAUCCUGUAUAUGAGCUGGAAGCGGCAGCGCGAAUUUAUCGAGCGCUAUGUUAAAUUUGCGAGGGACACUGCCUGGGGCGGAAAUCUUGGUAUUCCCAAUGUCGAGCCUCAAGCACCCGCUACGCCUCCCGAUGAGGAUACCCCUCCACCAGUGCCUCAGAACCGCAGAGAACGCCGUAUGCAGGAAAAGGAGGCCAAGAAAGAAGGCGGCCGUGGACGCACUAAGAAGGCUACUAAGAAGACCCCUAGUGCUUCUCGUGAUGCUUCAACUGGCCCUACUGGUGCUCGCAAGAGAGUUGUUGCUGAGAAUGGCAAGAUCCUCGUGGUUGAUUCGUUGGGAGACGUCUACUUGGAGGAGGAAGAUGAGGAAGGCAAUGUCAAUGAAUACCUCCUUGAUCCCAACCAGCUUCUGGAACCUACCUUCAAGGACACUGCUGUUGUGCGCCUUCCCAUUCAUAUCUUCAACUUGACUCUUGGCCGCUUCACCGGAAACAAGGAGGCUCCUCUCGAUUCUCCUAGUGGCGAGAUCGACGAGGUAGUCGAUGCAUCUCAGCGAACCCCCAGCAACGAAUCUGUCGGCGACGACUUUGAACUUUUGGACAAGAGCACCGACUCUCUCGGCAAAGCGAAAUCGUCCGCCAUGGAGAAGAGCGGCAAGUCUGGCAAGCGCAAGAACAAGAAGCGAUGA